AUGGAGCCGACGUUGAUGGCGAUGCAGACGCUGUGCGAGCGCUCGUGGGAGCUGCGGCCGCUGUGCGAGACGCUGCUCGGACGACUCGUGGCGAUCUGCGGAUACACCGACCACUUCCGACAGCAAGAACCGGCAGCAACGGACAACAACCCCACCGAUUCCGAGCUGCAGUGGCCGAAACAGGUAGACGCAGCCUUGUCGCGCUUUACGCUUCUAUUGGAGAGUCUCGCAGCGACCGAGAACGCAGUGUUCCGACUGGCAGUCGCGCCGUCUCCCGUGCGCGAGUUGCGCUCCCUCCACGUGUGGCUGGACGCGUCAUUCCGUAGUUUGCAUGCCGAGCACGUGGACCCGAGUGCGUGUUGGGCGCAGGAGUGGGAAGAACAGCUGGAAUGCGUGGAGCAAGCACUGCAACUUGCAGCUCGAGCGCAAGUGGAUGCAGCAGCUGAAAGCACAGCCAACGAGCAGCUCGAGAUGAUCGCAGUGGUCAAAUUCGCCUUCAAGCAGGUGCAGGACGUGACGAGACGGUCAAAGAAGAAGAGAUUAAGUCACAGUUACGCCAGCAGCAACGAGGCAGCGAACGAGGCGGAGAAAGGAGACGGCGCGGAGCUUUUCCCCGACCACGAAGAGUCGUUACGUGUGCUGUUCCGCAGGUUGGUGCGUGUCUGUGGUGUGCAGGUGCCAGUGCUGUCGUCUUGGUUCCUGUCGCCCGCCGAGGUGGCGCAGAACCCUAGCACGUGUUUCCGUGGAGGCCCGCGGUGCCAGAUCACAAGCGCCAGUUGGCUACGUAGUCGAGGCCAGCGCAAGAGUGGCGUGCAGCAACUUCUCCUCAAGCAACUGGUGCCUGGAAGUGGCAACUCGGAGGCCGCCUUGUCUCAAGCCGUUGAAGCGGUGCAGCGAGAGACGGAAUUGCUGCGUGAUGUGGUGUGCCACCCGCAUGUCUUGCAGCUAGCAGGGGCGUCUACCUUCGGCUCGCACCCAUUCCUGGCCUUCGUGAGUCCCUGGGCGGCCCCGGAGCCGGGAUCGGCCACUGUGACGUCGCUUGAGGACUAUUUAAACCUGUCGGUGGACCAUCGACGCCAGUUAUUCCGCUUACUCGCGCAAGCCGCCACUGGGCUGCAAAGCUUGCACGAGGCCUCACUCAUCCACGGCGACUUGUGCUGCGCGAACAUCCUGGUUGGUGAUGAUGGCCAAGCCAGACUCGCGAAUCUGCGGUCCUUCUCGCUGUCUCGAUGUCCUUCGCAAGACGAGACUAGCUCAGCUCCUAGGCUUUUCUCAGGAUCGCUGAGAUGGCAAGCGCCAGAGCUACUGAGAGACGACCCCAAGGCUGAUUUGGCUUCGGAUAUCUAUGCGUUCGGUAUGACACUAGUGGAGGCCUUGUCGGAGGAAUUACCGUGGGGGUUUAAGGCCGAUGAGGAAGUUCGUGAGCGAGUUUUGGCUGGCAAGAUGCCCUCCCCUCCAGUCGGAGUGGAAGAGAAUGUGUGGUCCUUAGUGGAAGCCAUGUGCGAUUCCGACCAGGCCGCAAGACCUGACAUCAAUACGGUGGUCGAGGAGCUGCAGGCUUUGGCUGAAGAAGAACGCGAGCGUGACGGAGAUAACAAGAACUUCGAAGACGACGCAACGCGUCCACUGCCGCUAAAUCGAGUCUCCAGUGCCGACUAUCUCAAUCGAGUCACAGCGUCUCCCUUCGUCACGCCAGUCAAGACGGCGUUGAAUGUACCGGAACUCGUGCGACGACAGAGUAGCCCAACCGGCCACCCACCGGUGACUCAACCUACGGCCAUUGGAAUCCCCGUACGUGAAUUACCGGUAUCACCGAUGCAAGUGAAGCCUGAAUCACCGACUGCUACUGUAGCGAUCGUAGAGCUCCGACAGAAAUGGCUGGGAGUCAAGAUCAACUCGAUCGGGAACCGCGUGGUGGUGAGCAAGUUCCUACGCGCGGAAUCUGGAGCCGCCGGGGAGAUUGAGGCUUCUGGUCGCGUGGAGCGGGGCGACAUCAUCGUGGCCAUCAACGGUCAGAGCGUCUGCGGUCUCGAUCGUCUUCAGAUCGGCGCUAUCGUCCAGAGUUCGCCUCGACCUCUGGACGUCUCCUUCAAGCGUGAUCCGCUGCUACUCACCGACUCGUUUCGGCUCCGAGGACUUGCCAUGGACCCGCGUUGGCGUGACCGUGGCUCGGCUAUUCCUCUGCCCGGUUCAUUGAGUAACAUGCUCACAACCAGCAGAGAUGAAGGCAACUUCAAGACCGAAACGCGGAAUGCAACGGACCCUUUCUCGAUCGAGAUGUGGUUCUCACUAGCUGAACACCGAGACACGUUUCUAGGCGGCAUUUUACUGGGCGCGCAAGACUUGCCAUUCCAGGAGACCAGCGACGCCAGUGGGUGGCCCUACGUCCACCAGCAGCUCUUAUCUAUCGACCCUAUGGGGAACCUCUGGUGCUCGUUCCUUCGUCACCCAACGCCCAUUUGUGUGGCGCGUGAACUGUCCCCCAAUCAUUGGUAUCAUCUCGUAGUGACGUACGGCGGAGACGCCGAGUCCGACUGCACCAACUUCUCCAGGACCGACCAGCCGGAGCAGCUGCUGACUGUGUAUUUGAACGGAGAGCAGCGCGUCUCGGACGCGGGUCCUUUGCUUGCCGACUGGGAGAAACUGCGUCAUGUUAACGUUGGCGCCGGUUGCAUCAGUGGCCUGGCACCAGCCAAACCAGAGCCGCAUUUCUCCGGCUGGUUCGGCUUCAGUGGCCUGGUGUUCGACUUGCGUGUGUGGAGACGUAAAGAGCUCACGAGUGCGCAGGUGCAGCUGCUCUUACGAGGCAGCAGCGACUUCGUAGACGACGCCAACUACUCAAUUCGGCGCGAUCUGCUGGGCGAGGCCGCUGAUCAGACCACGGAGAAGGCGAGAAGGAAGCGCUCGAGUUCUAAUCGCGCUGUCACGUUGCCUGGCCCGCCAUUCGCCGAGCUCGUGCGCACGACGUGGCCUCGUCAGGUCAGCGCCCAGGUCUACAGCUAA